GAAAUUACCCGAACCUGCUUACCGAUAGCCCACCCGUUAUAAACGCCGUCCUCCUCAUUCACCCCAGCCUUAUCUUCAGCUCUCUUUUUAACUCUUUGCUUUCGAUCUCUUUCUCUUUCUCCUUCCGCCUGCGUAUCCCCACCGGCGGUGAUCUCAUCCCAAAGAUUGAUGUUUAUACGAUGAGCUGCGCCCAAGCCAACGCGUUUUUGCCCAAUGUGAAACUUGGAGGUCCCUUUCGAAGAGGGAAAAGGUACGAGGAUAUUCAAAGGUUGGUUUGUUGCAGUGACCCAUCAAAUUAUAGAAACUUUGAUCCACGACGAAGUUUGAAGGGUCGGAACCUAGAGUUUCCGAGAUUGGUUUGUACUCCUCUGAGGAGCGGUAGGAAUAAUCAUCUUUGCUUUGCGAAAGGGGGUUUGAAGAGCGAAAACGAGGGGUUUCCGUGGGAAUCACUGAAGAAUGCUAUGGGAGGUAUGAAAAAAGAGGAAAGUGUGCAAGAUUGGCUUAAAAAGAGGACGAGUGAAAAUGAAUUUGAUGGAGACGGAGGUGAUGGAGGUCGUCCUGGGGGAGGAGACGGAGGUGAUGGUGCUGAUGGCGAAGGGGAUGAAGGCUUUUCUGGAAUUCUUGAUGAAUUUCUUCAAGUGGUUUUGGCAACUAUUGGCUUUAUUUUUGUGUAUAUUUACUUGAUCAGAGGGGCCGAGCUGACACGACUUGCAAGAGACUACAUCAAGUAUCUCUUCGGUGCUAGUGCCAGCAUGCGACUGAGACGAGCCAUGGACAAGUGGGAGAGGUUCUUGGAGAGCAUUACAAGGACGGUGGAUACCAGAGAGGACUGGCUUGAGAGAGCCAUCGUCGCCCAGACCACUUGGUGGCAUAAACCUAGGAAGUUGGCUUCACUUACGAGCUCCAGGGUUGAUGAUGACGACGAUGACUACUGAAGGAUUGUGUGUGCAUUUUGAACUACUUGACAUCUCGAGUUCUUUUGUCGUUCUUGUAGGAGCGUACGAUGUUUCGGGUGGAAGUUAACAGGAUCGCCUUUGUGUCAACAAAAUAUGCAGAUGUUAUUUUUGAGAAGUUGGGUGGUAAUUAUUUUUCUUCUUUUUAAAAAGCUUUUGCCUAUAUUGAGAUAUCUAUUGACAUAUCUAUAGCCUACACAUUGAGAUGCAAGUUCAUGUGUUUUGUGCGUUUGCCUGUAGUUCUCUUUGUGGAUAUUGAAUAUUUUGCUUUUUCUGCGACUCGAGGCCAGAAAAGAAAUCUAAUAGGAAUACUCAUUGUUUAUUUCUA